AUGCAUUCUUCAGGAGGAAGUCAGGUUUGGGUUGGAAAUGUGCCAUUUGACGCUACAGAGGAUGAACUAAGAGAAGUUAUGAAUUCAGCUGGCCCAGUUCUAUCAAUAAGGAUUGUGCAUGAUAAGGACACUGGGUUAAGCCGCGGAUUCUCUUUUUGUGAGUAUCGUGAUAUCGAGACUUGUAUUAUGGCAAUUAAAAGCCUUAAUGGGUACGAAUUAAGAGGAAGAUCUAUUAGAGUUGAUUGGGCAAGUCAGGAUAUGAGAAGUAGAUAUAACCAUUUAGUUGUAAAUAAUUCAUCUGGUACAGCUCCUGUAACUGCAACAGCACAAAGUGGGAUUGGAAUUGGACAACAAGGAACCGAGGCUUUACAUCAUCCAAUAUCUUUAACAACAUCAAAUCAUGUUCAGCAAAUUCAGGAGGAUGGAAUAUCAAUACCUUCAAUCCCUACUAACAACGCAAAUUUUGAUAAUAUUUCUUCAGAGAUCAUUCAUCUUGUACAAGGUAUGACAAUUUCUCAGUUAUAUUAUUUAAUAGGUCAUAUGCAAAAGCUUGUUGUUCAGAACCCUGAAACUGCUAGAAGCAUUUUGCUAGACAACCCUCAAUUCUGUUAUGCCCUUCUUCAUGCUCAAUUUAUUUUGGGCAUGGUCAAUGAGCCAUUUGUUCCACUAAACCAAGAACAGCUUAACAAAGCAAACAGCAUUAGAACUCAAGUAUUAAACACAAGAAACGAUAAUACCAGUAUCAAUAUAAAAAGUUUGGGUGGAGAUAUUUCUGUUCUUAUUGAAGAUAUUGCCAGCAACCCAAAUCCUGCACUACUUCAGGCUUUGGCUUCAAUCCAGCCAAAUUCUGUUGCUCAGUGGACUGAAGAAGAAAAGUCCAAGAUUCUUGCGAUACAACAAGUGCUAAAAAACAGGGGGUUAAUCAACUAG